CGAAAUUCGAACUCGCCGAGUGGGAUGACGAAGGAAGACAUGCAUCUUGGGAAAGAUACCGACAGCGCUUACGCAUCAGCCCGAUGGACCAAUUUAUUUAUCCGAGCAGACCUGUCAUACAAGCUGCAGGAGAUGGAGAUCACAGACCACAUCCCAAUCAGGCGCGAACAACGAUCCCGUUUCUCGUAAGCACUAGUGAGGCUUCUACGCAUGAAGCACCGGGGAAUAUUCGGGCACCCCCCAUUCAACCGCAAGACGCGGAAUGCCUCGCAGUUGGUUGGUUAGCAUAUAACUACAGCAAAUGGCGCGUGUUUCCGAGUCCCGCGACGUUUACGUGUCUCGCAAGCUUCCAGCACCCAACUAUGGCUCAACUGCAGCAUGGCCAUCCCGUCGGUCUUGAUUUUAUUCCCUGGCCGCAGCUGCGUUCGCAUCCAGGUCAGAGCUGGCACAAAUAUGAUUAUAUGAAAUUGACACGUUAUUUGAGCUGCUGCAUGAAAGUGCGGUAGCCUUUGGGGGGGGGGAUCUUGCGCGUGAUGAGCGCGAUGACUUGCAAAUCUGUCAGGGAUUCCUUAGGUUUUCACCAAGGAAACUGGAUGGGGUUUGACAUCAGAGUUCAUGGCAAAGUAUCCGGAGCUACUGGAGGGCAUGGAUGUUGAAGCUGUGCGGUUCCAAAUUGCGGUGGGACAGCCCUGCUGAUCACCGCCCCUUGGGGUAUAAGAUGCAGAGACAACUCAUAAGGACGCCUGUCAGGCCAUAAUAAUACCCAUUCAUCGAGUCGCC